UCCUCAUCUCUUUCAAUUCCGUUUUUGUAGAGAGAAGGAAAAAGAAAGUCUUAGAGAGAGAAAAAAGACUAUUUAAAAGGACCUAUCGUCGUCUUCUUCAUUGUUCUCGUCUCCUGCAAUUCUUGGGUCCGAUCUGUUUAUUCUUUUCUUUCUCUCUCCAUUUCUCUUUCUGUCUCCUUCUCUGUCAAUCGAUUAGGUACAAUUUUUUCGUCUGGUGUGAUUGUGGUUGUUGCAGUGUUGGUUUAAUUGUUUUCUAAGAACUGAAUUUGUAAGAGAGUUAAAACCCUAUUUUGAUCAGUGUUUGCUCCAAAGGGUUUGCUCUAGUCUGUUCUCGCUCGGAUUUCAUCGAUCCGAGAGGGCUUUGAUUUGUUAGACGGUUUCGGUUCUUCUCGGUGGAGACGAACAUGUCUUCUCUUAGCAGAGAGCUGGUAUUUUUGAUACUUCAGUUUCUUGACGAAGAGAAAUUCAAGGAAACUGUUCACAAAUUGGAGCAAGAGUCUGGCUUUUUCUUCAAUAUGAAGUAUUUUGAGGAUGCCGUUACAAACGGGGAAUGGGACGAGGUAGAAAAGUAUCUUUCUGGAUUUACGAAGGUGGAUGAUAACAGAUACUCGAUGAAGAUCUUCUUUGAGAUCCGGAAGCAGAAAUACCUUGAAGCCCUAGACAAGCACGAUCGUUCAAAAGCUGUAGAGAUUCUGGUGAAGGACUUAAAAGUAUUCUCGGCUUUUAAUGAGGAUCUUUUCAAGGAAAUAACGCAGCUUCUCACAUUGGAGAACUUCAGGGAGAACGAACAGCUUUCUAAGUAUGGAGAUACUAAGUCUGCCAGGGGUAUAAUGCUUGCUGAGCUCAAAAAGUUGAUUGAGGCAAAUCCCCUUUUCCGUGAUAAGCUUCAGUUUCCCAGCCUGAAGAACUCUAGAUUAAGGACUCUAAUCAAUCAGAGUUUAAAUUGGCAACACCAGCUUUGCAAGAAUCCACGGCCUAACCCCGACAUAAAGACCCUCUUUGUGGAUCAUAGUUGUGGACAACCAAAUGGGGCUCGAGCUCCAUCCCCUGCCCCAAUUAUGGGGUCCAUUCCAAAAGCAGGAGGUUUCCCACAACUGAGUGUUCAUGGUCAGUUUCAGGCCACACCAACACCUCAUCCAACUUCUAUUGCAUGGAUGGCUAAUCCAUCCCCUGUACCCCAUCCCACAGUUUCUGCUGGGGCAAUAGGCUUAACUACUCCUAAUAGUGCAGCAGCAGCUAUCCUAAAGCGUCCUAGAACUCCUCCUACCAACAACCUGGCUGUGGAUUAUCAAACAGCUGAUUCUGAGCAUGUGUUAAAGAGGUCGAGACCUUUGGGAAUGCCUGAUGAGGUUAAUAAUCUGCCUGUAAAUAUUUUGCCUAUUCAAUUCACCAGCCAGAGUCAUGCCCAGAGCUUAUACUCUCCAGAUGACUUGCCUAAGACUGUUGUUAUGACUUUAAAUCAAGGCUCUGUUGUCAGGAGCAUGGAUUUCCACCCAAUUCAGCAGACGCUACUUCUUGUUGGAACAUCCGUUGGUGACAUUAUGGUGUGGGAGGUUGGUAGCAGGGAAAGGCUUGUUCUCAGAAAUUUUAAGGUUUGGGACAUUGCAGAAUGUUCAGUGGGUCUGCAGGCAAUUCGGGCUAAGGAAGCCUCUAUGUCUGUCAACCGUGUGAUGUGGUGUCCUGAUGGGACUCUUUUUGGGGUUGCAUACUCCAAGCAUAUUGUGCAUGUGUAUUCCUACAAUGGUGGUGAUGAGCUGCGGCAGCACCUGGAGAUCGAUGCUCAUGUUGGUAGUGUUAAUGAUCUUGCCUUUUCACACCCAAAUAAGCAAUUGUGCAUUAUAACGUGUGGAGAUGACAAGGCUAUCAAGGUAUGGGAUGCAGUCAACGGUUCAAAGCUCUAUACUUUUGAAGGUCAUGAAUCACCUGUUUAUUCUGUAUGCCCCCAUUAUAAGGAAAACAUUCAGUUUAUCUUCUCAACAGCAUUGGAUGGGAAGAUUAAGGCCUGGUUGUAUGAUAACUUGGGUUCAAGAGUUGACUAUGAUGCACCAGGACAUGCAUGUAUGAGGAUGGCCUACAGUGCUGAUGGGACAAGGCUUUUCUCUUGUGGGACAAGUAAAGAUGGGGAAUCAUACAUUGUGGAAUGGAACGAAAGUGAAGGGGCUGUGAAACGGACAUAUCAUGGUGUUGGGAAGCGAUCUGCAGCUGUUGUGCAGUUUGAUACCACUAAGAAUCGUUUUUUGGCUGCGGGUGAUGAAUCUAUGAUUAAAUUUUGGGACAUGGACAAUGUCAACCUCUUGACAACAACUGAUGGAGAUGGUGGUUUACCGCAAUCUCCGAAUGUUCGGUUCAACAAGGAAGGGACACUAUUGGCUGUUUCAACAAACGAAAAUGGUAUCAAAAUUCUAGCAAAUGCAGAUGGGCUUCGAUUGCUACAUACCCUUGAGAAUCGUCCAUUUGACACUUCAAGAGUUGCUUCUGGUUCUAUUGUGAAGGCACCUACACUCAACACAUUUGGUCCUACAACAACUGGCACAAAUGUUGGUGUUGUAGAUCGAGGUCCUCCAACAAUGGCAAUAGUUGGACUGAAUGGAGAGAGUCGGGGUUUGUCUGAUGUGAAACCACCCAGAGUUGUAGAGGAUUCUAUAGAGAAGCCUAAGAUUUGGAAGUUGACUGAAAUCAAUGAACAAUCUCAGUGUCGUUCGUUGAGGCUUUCUGAUAGCUUGAUGGCAGCAAAGGUUUCUAGGUUGAUUUAUACUAAUUCAGGACUUGCUAUAUUGGCAUUAGCAUCAAAUGCUGUACACAAGCUUUGGAAAUGGCCAAAAAGUGAACGGAAUCCGUCAGGGAAGGCAACUGCUAGUGUAGCCCCCCAAUUGUGGCAACCUUCAAGCGGAAUAUUAAUGACCAAUGAGAUUAAUAAUACAACUGCUGAAGAUGCUGUUCCAUGCUUUGCACUUUCAAAGAAUGAUUCUUAUGUUAUGUCAGCAUCAGGUGGGAAAAUUUCACUCUUCAAUAUGAUGACUUUCAAGACAAUGACAACAUUCAUGCCUCCACCUCCAGCAGCAACUUUUCUUGCUUUCCAUCCACAGGAUAAUAACGUCAUUGCCAUAGGCAUGGAUGAUUCGUCAAUUCAAAUCUACAAUGUUCGGGUUGAUGAGGUUAAAAGCAAGCUCAAAGGUCAUCAGAAGAGAAUAACUGGACUUGCCUUCUCUCACGCUCUAAAUGUGCUUGUAUCAUCAGGAGCUGAUGCUCAGAUUUGUGUUUGGAGCACCGAUAAAUGGGAGAGGCAAGCUAGUAAAUUCUUGCAGAUUCCAAAUGGGCAUGUGCCAUCUCCUCUUGCAGAGACCCGUGUCCAAUUUCACCAAGAUCAGAUACACUUACUCGUUGUCCAUGAAACACAGAUAGCCAUAUAUGAUGUAUCUAAAUUCGAGUGCCUUGGGCAGUGGUCCCCCAAAGAACCAGGUGGUCUUAUCACACAUGCUACAUAUUCCUGUGAUAGCCAGUCAAUAUAUUCAAGCUUUGAAGAUGGAAGUGUUGGGGUUUUUGUUGCCACUACACUCAGAUUAAAGUGUCGGAUCAGUCCCUCCGCUUAUCUGCCUUCUAAUCCCAGCUCGAGGUUGUAUCCACUUGUUGUCGCGGCUCAUCCUAUAGAACCCAAUCAGUUCGCGUUGGGACUGACUGAUGGUGGAGUCUAUGUUCUAGAGCCGCUGGAGGCAGAAGGAAAAUGGGGAACCAUGCCACCUCCAGAAAAUGGUGCGGGACCUAGUAUUGCUUCUGGUAUGGUUGGUUCAGAUCGACCAUCAAGGUAACAGUGAAGGCUAAUGGCAUUGACCAAUGACAGCUUGAAUUAUCUCACUAAGCUGUGUCCCCAUUUUGUUUUACGGGGAAGCUGGGGGAAGCUGGAGGAUGUCGGUACAGUAGAAUGUAGAAUACAUUAUGACAGGAUGCUGCCAGGUGAAAGGUAGCUCGGUUAACAUCAUCUUCAGUGAGUGUUAUUCAUUGUAGGAUUCCACUUUAUACUGAUGGGAUCGGAAAUGAAAAGUAUUGUCAAAUGAUGUAAAUGUGUCUGAGGCAUAUAGUUCAGGGGAGGCUGGGGAUCUGGGUUUGAAUCUGGAAAUUUGCCGUGUUCAAGUGCCAAUCAAGGUUUGGGAUGAAAAUUGGUCCGUCGGGGCCUUUUAUUCUCAUGUAUACUGAAAUAGAUAUUUGGUUUAUAUAAUUUAUUUUUUUUCUCAA